AUGCUCUCUUUCUCUCUCUCUUCACUGCACUCUCCUAAAUGUUUACAGCGCUUUAGGAUAUUUUUUUAAGUGCAGAUGAGCUCUUAAAAACAAGCUCUUUCUUUUCGUUUUGUCGUCUUAAUGUCGCCCAUGGAAGUUUGUUUCUAACCGCGAUAUCAGAGCGUCAGAUAAUCCGGGAGUAGCUGGCCGGCAAGGACCAUGCCCACUCUGCAGAGCUCCGCCGUUCUGCUGCUUUUUAGCUUCCUGAUUGGUCUGAGCUACUCUCUGAGCCCAAGAGACCCCAAUGUGUGCAGCCUGUGGGAGAGCUUCACCACCUCAGUUAAAGAGUCUUACUUCCAUCCCUAUGACCACGCGACGGAGGAGCCCUGCUCCGACCCUCGGACCUCCUACAGAUGCAUGCGCCACAGGAUUACGUACAAGACGGCCUACAGGCAGGCGGUGAAGACAAACUACCGCAGGAGAUACCAGUGCUGUCCAGGCUACUACGAGAGCAGAGACAAAUGUGUCCCUCGCUGCACCAAGGAGUGCGUCCACGGUCGAUGUGUCGCUCCAGACCGGUGCCAGUGUGAGGGAGGCUGGCGCGGAGAAGACUGUUCCAGUGCCUGUGAUGACAAACACUGGGGGCCGAGCUGCAGUCAGCAGUGCAAGUGUGAGAACGGCGCUCUCUGCGAUCCCAACAAGGGGACGUGUCAGUGUCCUCCGGGAUUCAUAGGACGUUACUGCGAAGAGUCCUGUCCAGCAGGCACCUUCGGGAAGGGCUGUCUGCAGAGGUGCAAGUGUGGAACCGGAGGAUCCUGCGAUAAAGCAACCGGAGAAUGUUUAUGUCGGGACGGAUUCACUGGGACUUUCUGUGAGAAGGCGUGUCCCAGGAAAUGCCAGGCACGAUGCCCCUGCCAGAAUGGAGGCAUCUGCAAAGGCAAAGGGAUCUGUGACUGCCCGCCAGGAUGGACGGGAGCAGUUUGCACAGAGCGAUGUGCAGAGGGAAGGUUUGGACCAAACUGUGCUGAUGAGUGUGUCUGUCACAACAGGGGCAAAUGUGACCCCGGAAAUGGACAGUGCCAGUGUGCUAAAGGUUUCACUGGUAACAGGUGUAAUGAGGAGUGCGCUGCAGGUACUUAUGGUCAGGACUGUAAAGGUGUGUGUGACUGUGCUAACGGCGCGCGCUGCUACAACAUCGAUGGAGGCUGCCUCUGCGAGCCGGGUUUCAGCGGUCCGCACUGCAGGGACAGGAUGUGUGCACCCGGAAAAUACGGCAUGCACUGUGAACGCACGUGUCUCUGCCAGGACAAACACACACUGAGUUGCCACCCAAUGAAAGGAGAGUGCACAUGCCAGCCGGGCUGGGCGGGGCUGUUCUGUAACGAGACCUGCGCUCACGGUUUCUACGGUCAUGGUUGCCUGGAGCCGUGUCUGUGUGUGAACGGAGGGGUGUGUGAUAGUGCCACCGGACGGUGCCACUGUGCUCCCGGGUUUAAGGGGGUUCACUGUGAGAGUCCAUGUAAAAGUGGCACCUAUGGCAAGAACUGCUCGCUGGAGUGCUCCUGUGAAAACUUUGUCGACUGCUCUCCAAUUGACGGGACUUGCUUUUGCAAAGAGGGCUGGCGCGGGCCAGACUGUUCUACCCCCUGCUCUGAGGGAACCUGGGGCCCAGGAUGCAACGCCACCUGCCACUGCGCCAACGGGGCAAAAUGUAAUCCUGCAGAUGGAUCCUGCACCUGCACAGCCGGCUGGCAGGGGGCGCGCUGUGACCAACCGUGCCCGAUGGGCACGUUUGGGCCAGGCUGCCUGAAGAGGUGUGAUUGUGUUCACGCUGACGGCUGCCAAGCAACCACCGGGGAGUGCCACUGUCUGCCAGGCUGGUGGGGCUCUCGCUGCAGUGAGCCAUGUUCAGAGGGUCUGUGGGGGCGCCACUGUAACCAGACUUGUUUCAAGCAUUGUCCCAACAGUGACACCUGUUUGAGGGAAAAUGGAGCGUGUGUGUGUCGCCCAGGAUACUGGGGAGUCACUUGUCAAAACAAAUGCAGAGUUGGUAUGUAUGGAGACCAGUGCAGUAUGUCCUGCCCGUCCUGUGGCCAGUCGUACCGCUGCCACCAUGUGACAGGAGAGUGUGAUUGCCUUCCUGGAAACACUGGACCCAACUGUGAUCAAGUCUGUCCAGCUGGCUACUACGGCAAACAUUGCUCUGAAGUGUGUGUUAACUGUGCCAACAACUCCACAUGCGACCACCGGGACGGACACUGUGAAUGUUUGCCUGGCUGGACCGCCACCGACUGCUCUAUACCAUGUAGUCCAGGUCGUUUUGGUCCGUUCUGCUCUCAGACCUGCUCCUGUCCCACCAACCUCAUCUGUGACCGGUUUACUGGAGACUGUGUGUGUGAAGGAGAAGACUGUAAACAAGACUCGUCUGAGCAGACAGGGAGCGUUAUGGUCCCCCUUCCUCCUGGUGAGAGGGAGUCGUGGGGAGCCAUUGGCGGCAUCGUCGUGCUCGUCAUCCUGGUGGUCUUGCUGUUGGCUCUGCUGCUGCUUUACCGCCGCAGGCAGAAGGACAAACAGAACAACACGCCGACCGUGUCCUUCUCCACCACCCGUACAGUCAACUCUGAAUACGCCGUUCCAGAUGUUCCUCACAGUUACCACCACUACUACUCCAACCCCAGCUACCACACACUGAGCCAGAACAGGCCUCCGCUGCCACACCUGCCCAACAACCACGACCGCACCAUCAAGAACACCAACAACCAGCUGUUCUGCAGUGUGAAAAACAUGGAGAGGGAGAGACGGGGUCUGUUUGGGGUCGAGAGUAACGCCACUCUGCCUGCAGACUGGAAACACCACGAGCCCCGCAAAGACUCAGGAGCUUUUGGAAUCGAUCGCAGCUACAGCUACAGUGCCAGCCUCGGAAAAUAUUACAACAAAGAGCUGAAGGACGCAGUGGCCGUGAGCAGCAGCUCUCUGAACAGUGAGAAUCCGUACGCCACCAUCAAAGAUCUGCCCGGCCUGCCCUUCUGCCCCCCAGAGAGCAGCUACAUGGAGAUGAAGUCCGCUGUGCCCAGAGAGCGAGCGUACACCGAGAUCAGCCCGCCACCGUUCAACACGGCCACCUUACGCAGAGAGCGUCAGAGUUCCCUCGGUCACGCUCCACACGAGGACCCACAGAGCCACUACGACCUCCCAGUGAACAGCCACAUCCCGGGGCACUAUGACCUGCCGCCUGUCCGCAGACCCCCCUCCCCCAGGGGAUCACCUCAGUGACAGCCACAGCAGCGGAGCAAGUUUCUCUCCUCCUCCUCCUCACUUUGAGGAUGAUUUCACACACAAAAAAAGAGCAAAUUUUCACGCUCGUGUUUGAUAAUCAGAGCUGCAGACCACCCACAGACCAGCGUCUAAACAUUUGUCCCACUGAGGAACUGCGGUUUACUGUGGAUGCCCCCCCCUGCCAGCUCAACACUGCCCCUCUGUGGGCUACAGUGGUACCUGCUUCACCAUGACAGACUUGUCAUCCAGACUGGGGAGCCAGCAGGCUGCGGGGAGGAGGGCUGGACUGUGGCGACGCCAGCGGGCCUUUAGCUGCAUCCACCUCCCGUGGGAAAAAGACUUCAGUGUUUGAACUCAUCUAAACAUGCUGUUAUUGAAGUUUUCCAAACUUUUUGCCAGCUACCGUUAAGCUGGUGUGCGUGCUCAAAGGGCCCCUUUAAUUAUAGUUCAAAUCUUCAUAAUGAAAAAUGACGAGUUAAGACAUUAUUUGUUUUUAUGGUGUUUUUUUUUUUUGUUAAAUCCUUGGAGCAAAUUGGCUUGAUUUCUUUCAAAAACACGAGAAGGCGAUGAGCUUAACAAGAUAUGGGCAAAAAAUAAGGAAGAAAUUAGUAAAAAAGUUUCACAAAAUGACCUACAAUUAAGAAAAAAAAGGGAAAAAAGCA